UGCGGUGGAGACAUGAUUCAAACAUUCGCACUCUGCUCUUCCUCAGUAUUUCUAAAGCGGACCAGCUCCAUCACUGUAGUUCCCUGAGGGCAAAUCGCUUUCGGUCUGUUUGUAUUUCCCAAGUUCCUUGCCCAUAUUAUUCAGUCCCUCCCUGUCCCCUUAUACAGGGCUGAUGGGGACUCUCCGAGAUCUUCAGUUCGCGCUCCAGCUGAAGAUAGAGGAGUUACGGCAGAGAGAUGCUCUCAUCGACGAGCUGGAGCUGGAGCUCGACGCUAAAGAUGAUCUGAUCCGCCGCCUGCAGGGGGAGCUCGACCGUCUGCGGCUCUCCGCUCCUGGCGCCUCGGCAGAUGGUCAACAAUGUGUCUCUUCCCUGAGAGUGAGAAGAAAAGCUCUGCUAACAGAACCAGUUACCUUGGAGCCGAAACUAGUCUUACAAAACCCACCAAUCAGCCACUGCAAAAGUCAAGCGUCACAGCAGCUAAUAGAAUCGGCUCUGGCAGAAAAUGAGUGUAUGAAAUAUCUAAACAGGGAUCAGAUGCGGUGUUUGGUGGAUUCUGCCUACCCCAUAACGCUCAAACAGGGUAUGAGUGUUGUCCAGGAAGGGGAUAAUGGGACCCAGGCAUAUAUAGUUGAAGAGGGAAAACUGGAGGCAUCCAGGGCUAGCCAGAGGCUGCACAUCAUUGAGCCAGGGAUGAUGUUUGAAGAACUGGCCCUCAUUCAUAACCACACCUGUUCCAAUACUGUCACAGCUCUGGUGAACAGCAGGCUGUGGGUGAUGGAGGGUCAAGUGUUUCAGAGGAUCAUGCAGAGGAACGGCCUCGCCGCUAUCACACAGUCUCUGCAUAUCCUGCGCAGUGUGGCACCGCUCUGUGUGUUUCCAGAAGAUGUUCUCGUGAAAGUGUCUGAUUCCCUGGAGGAGUCACACUACAAUGAUGGUGAUUAUAUAAUUCAAAAUGGAAAUCCAGGAAACAAACUGUACAUUUUGAGUCAAGGCCAGGUGAAAGUUUUAGAGAAGCACUCUGAAGCCUGUGAGGAGAGUAUGAUUGUGUCUGUCCUCACCAGAGGGGAUUGUUUUGGAGAGAGAGGAGACGACGUGAGGUCGAUGAGCGCUCUUGCCGCAGGCGAUGUGACAUGUUUGGUCAUAGACAGAGAGGUUUUCAGAAAAGUAACUGGAGGCUUGGAUGAUGCCAGAAAAAAUCCUAGCAACAAGGCCAGAUCAAAUGCAGAUGAAGAUGGGUCUGCGCUUGGUGAAACGUCUCUAAGCAGUUUUCAGGUGCUGUGUAAUCUUGGAGAAGGACAGUACGGUCACACUCAGCUUGUCCAUCUGAAGAGUGACUCCAACUGUAAGUUUGCACUGAAGACCAUUAGAAAACAGGCGAUACAGAGCCCAGGCCAAAGAGAGAGGAUACUCGCAGAGAAACACAUCCUGAUGGAUCUCCAAAGUCCAUUUAUAACAAGGUUGCAUUGUACCUAUAAAGAUGCUCGGUGCCUGUAUAUGCUGAUGGAGGCUUGUGAAGGUGGAGAUCUGUGGAAUUUACUAAAAGAGAGGGGGUCACUCGAAGAAGAUGCUGUUCGCUUCUAUGCAGCGUGUGUGCUGGAAGCUCUUAGUGUACUACACGCCAAAGACAUUGUUCACAGAGACCUGAAACCUGAAAAAGUGCUCCUAGACCGGCGAGGAUACGCUAAACUGACAGGGUUUGGUUGUGCUAAGAAGCUGGGCUCUUUGCACAGAGCCUGGUCGUUCUGUGGAUCUGUGGGUUAUCAGCCUCCAGAGGUCAUUCUGCAUCAAGGUCACAGUCUGUCCGCAGAUUUCUGGGCUCUAGGGAUGUUGCUGUAUGAAUUGCUCAUUGGCAGUCCCCUGUUCUCUGGCUCGGAGCGGCUGAAGGUUUAUACAGCAUCUCUGAAGGGAAUAGAUGAGCUAGAGUUCCCAAAAACCAUCAGCAGGACUGCAGCACAUCUCAUCAAGAGCCUCUGCAGGCUCAACCCCUCAGAGAGACUGGGCCAGAGGAACGGGGUCAAGGACAUCUUCAAACACAUGUGGUUUGAAGGCUUCGACUGGGAAGGACUUCAGAAGGGCACAUUGACUCCACCAGUAAUACCAAACGUUCCCUGUGUCUCUGAUCACGGAGGAUCAUCCCUCCUGCCAGAAACCCACACUGAAGCAGCACCACUGGAUGAUUCUGGCUGGGAUGUAGAUUUUUGAGUUGUACAAUAAUGAUAUUGAAAAUGUAAACUGCAAAAAAUUAUGGACUCUGGUCUUCAUUUUGCAUUGACUUUGCAGUUGAUUAUUUUAAUUAUAUAUUUUUUCUGAGUUGGCGACAGUGCACAGCUUCAGGACUGGAAUUACAUUGCACUGCAAGUGUGUCGAAACGCACGAAAUGAAAAUGUACAUCAUUCCUAUUGGAUUUCUUUUUUAAUGGAAGCUUAUUUCAGUCACAGAAUAAAAAAUAUACAAGUAGCAUUUACUUCAUUCUUUUUUCAGAAUUCCAUGAUAUAAUCUCUCAA